AUGGAGGAGCCGAUGUCCACGCUCACCCACGACCUAAUCGCGGAGAUCCUCUGUCGCGUGCCCUACAAAUCGCUCUGCAUCUGCAAGUGCGUGUGCCCGGCCUGGCGCGGCAUCAUCGCCGACCCCGCGCACCGGAAGAAGAUGGCGCAGACCCUGGCCGGCUUCCUCUACCGCAUCACGGCCGAUUCCGCCGAGCCCCGCGGCCACGCCGUCAACUACGCCGACCUGUCCGCCUUCCCUUGGGCGAGCGUCGCCGAGACCUACCCGCUCCUGCCGCUGCCGCCCGACAGCACGGACUGCUUCGUCUCUCUUGAGGAUUCAUGCGAUGGAUUGUUUCUCACAAGCAUCCGCACGGGCACCCCUGCUGCUGCUGGAACAUCUCGCUACAUGGUCUCCAAUCCAGCUACCGUCAGCGGUGAGGUGCUCCGUUGUGUUCUCAAGAGUAAUAUUUACAGAGAUUCAAAUACAGAUGAUAUUGUUUUGGAAAAUGCCAACUUCAGUUUUCAGUUCAGUUGGAAAAUGCCAGCUUCAGUUUUCAGUUCAGUUGGAAAAUGCCAACAAGUAGAGCUGCAUGAGAUACCUUAG